CGACCCACCACGCCGCCCGGCGAAACCCGACCCUCCUGCCUCGCCCGCCCCGCCCUCCCUCGCCCUCCCUCGCCAAUUUUAUUGGUUGAUUUGGUCACAGCAUGCGAUGCGAUGCUGAUUGCCGAGGUCUUUGUUUGAUGGGAAGUAUUUCAUAUCUUGAAUUUCGUGCAACUGAAUUUGUUGCGGUUAGGUCUAGCUGCAAUUUGUUGGCAUUCUUAGCCUUUCCGGAAGCUAAUAAUUACUUGCUGUUAUAAUGGGGUUUCCCCCAUUUCUGAUAUACAUUUGCCAUGUACACUGUAGCUCUUUUCAGUUGCAGAAAUAUCAACAGAUUUUGUGGUUUUAGCUUGGUUUCUCGUAAUUUAUGUAGUCGUAUAUUUAAUGGUGAUGAUGUCGAAAAUGGGUUUGGGCGGAUUGAGGAUUUUCUCAAUGAAUCGUGGAAAAGUUCGAAGAAUGGGUCCAAUUGGGAAAAGACUGCUUCAGUUUCACCUAAUUCUUGGGAAAAUUUCUCUGCAAGAAAGGUUUUUGUUGAUGAGGUGAGAUGCGAUGCUGAAAGGAUUUUUGAAAUUUUAUCUCAGGAUGGCCCGGGGUAUGAUGUGAAGCCUGUCUUGAACGAUUUAGGUGUGAGGGUUUCAGGCCUUCUUGUGAGGGAAGUUCUUUCUUGUAUCAUAAAGACAAUAAAUCAUGCAAAUAAAAAUAGGUGUGCAAAGCUGGGCUACAAGUUUUUCGUGUGGUCUGGUGAGCAGGAGAAUUACAGACACACAACAAAUAUCUACAAUUUAAUGAUGGAGAUCUUUGCAGAGUGUGAGGAAUUUAAGGCAAUGUGGAGGUUGCUUGAAGAGAUGAUUGAGAAAGGGUACCCUACUACUGCCAGGACGUUCAAUCUACUGAUAUGCACUUGUGGUGGUGCUGGAUUAGCUAGAAAAGUUGUAGAGAGGUUUAUGAAAUCGAAGAAUUUCAACUAUAGGCCAUUUAGACAUUCAUUCAAUGCUAUUUUGCAUUCUCUUUUGACCCUGAAUCAGUACAAGUUGAUUGAGUGGGUGUAUCAGCAGAUGUUGAUUAAUGGUCACUCUCCUGAUGUAUUAACCUACAACAUCAUGAUGUGGGCAAAGUUUAGGCUCGGGAAGUUGGAUCACUUUCAUGGAUUACUUGAUGAAAUGGGUAGGAGUGGGUUUUCACCCGAUUUUCACACAUUUAAUAUACUCCUCCACGUCAUUGGCAAGGGUGACAAACCAUUAGCAGCACUGAAGCUCUUAAACCACAUGAAGGAUGUUGGUGUCGAUCCAACUGUGCUCCACUUCACCACAUUAAUUGACGGCCUCAGUCGGGCUGGUAACUUGGAAGCUUGCCGGUAUUUCUUCGAUGAAAUGACAACGCAUGGGUGUGUGCCCGAUGUUGUCUGUUACACUGUCAUGAUAACUGGCUAUGUUGUGGCAGGUCAGUUAGAUAAAGCUCAGGAGAUAUUCUCUGAUAUGAUUAACAAGGGUCAAUUGCCUAAUGUGUUUACCUACAACUCCAUGAUCCGUGGACUUUGUAUGAACAAGAAAUUUGAGGAAGCUUGGUUGAUGUUAAAAGAAAUGGAGUCAAAGGGUUGUAAUCCUAAUUUCCUUGUGUACACAACCUUAGUAGGUUAUCUUCGCAAUGCUGGUAGGUUGUCUGAAGCUCACCAAGUCAUAAAGCAUAUGAUGGAGAAAGGGAAGUAUACACAUCUGCUGUCAAAAAUUAAAAGAUAUAGGAGAUGCUAAGUAGGUGAAGUUCCUAUAUUACGGAGGAUCCUUUGAAAAUUGGUGUUCAGAAUGUUCCAACGUUUGGUGAAUCUGCUGCUGCUAGUUCUACCACUGUAGUACAGAACUUGAAUGUAGAAGAGCAUAAGCAAAGAGAUUUGGGUUUGGCACAGCUCUGAAGGGGUGCAAACCGAAACAAUUAAAUACUGUACCUGUCAAGAAAGCCUGUGGAAAUGAACCCAAAAAAGCUGUAAAUGAUGCUGAAGUCUGCAAUAUGAUGCCUGUUCAAUCCAUUCCAGUUGGUUCAUAGUCAAAUUACGAUCUUUCUUGGAUGUCUUUUGGCCCCAACACAGUUAUCAUAUUGAACACCUGAAAUGUCAACGAAGAAAUGGUAAUUUCCCGGAGAUCCACACACCAGAGGAUUCCUGAAAUGGAGCACUAAGGAGCACAAGUUGUAGAACGCGAUAUUGGUCUUCCAGUUGAUGUAAUUGUAAGCUCUGAAGUAUGUCUCACUUGGUACGACUGUAAAAGUAUUGGAAAGAAAGCUUCAGAGCCAGACGAGGCCUUUUCAAGCUUGCACUCGUGCAUUGAAAGUGUUGCAGCGAGUAUAUUGACAUCCUUGAGUUUUGCUUUCAGUUCCUGCAUCCUGGUAAUUGCAACUGAAAAUUUGAAGAUUAUUAAAGAUUUGUUAAUGCCUUUUCUUAUUUUUUCCACUACUUUUUGGUCAUUUUUGGUGGUAGCUAUGUGAUGCAAAAGGCAAAUAACAUAUAUUUUCACAUUCUUUUAGGAUACUUUUGUAAAAUUAUAGUAACAUUAACUUCAUUAUUCUGCCUUCAUCACCAUUAAAGAAUGUUGCUCAUUCAGCUUUUUAUAAUCAUUUCAAUUUUGCUUAAA